UAUAGUUAUUAAUUGAGUUAUUACAAACCUGAAAUAAAAUUGCAGUCUGCUAAAUCAAAUUAAAUAAUAAUUUCGUUAGUUUUUGAUAGUGGUUAUAUUAUCAAGUGAUAUUUAUUCACAAUGUCAGCAUCAUUGGAUUCAUCUUUGGAUCCUAUGGAAGAAAUCCGGUUUCGAAAGAAAAAUGGACAAAUCUGGGCAGAGAUACAGAAAGAAACGCAUUUUACAUUUGAUGAAAUAGAACAAAUAAUGGUGAUAUUUUUUAAAAUACAAAAGCGUGAUGAGAAACCAGCCGGACCUGACUUGAUUUCACGAGUUCACUUCCGUGAUGUGCUUCAUACCGGGUUAGGUAUGACUGACGCAUACAUGAUGGAACGCGUCAUGGUAGCGCUGGACCGGGGCACAUCACCUUUCGUCACAAUGGCCACCUUCGCUAAGGCGAUGUCUCUUUACCUGCGAGGAUCCCUGGAAGAGCGUAUCACAUACGCAUUCACGUGUUACGACUUGUUGGGUGAAGGACACUUACGAAGAGAAACAAUGUACCAACUCAUGAAAAAAAGCCUGGCAAAAGCAUCCCGAGACGACGACGUCGAAGAGGCAGUUAAGGAAUUCGUGGAUAUAAUGCUGAAGAGAAUGGACAUGGACCUGGACGGGGUGAUCAACUUCCAGGACUUCCACACGGCCGUGGUGAACACGCCCUCGCUGCUGGAGAGUCUGGGCUACUGCCUGCCGGAGCGCACUGCGGUUUACUCGUUCAUCGCCACCUGGUGUCCUACGUGGGGAAAAAUGUGAUCUACUUUUAUUUUCUGAAAACGGUUUAUAUCUCUUCACAUUUCGAAAAUUCUAAUUACAUAUAUAUUUUUAUUCCA